UAGUAAACUUUCUAUAUAAAUUUUUUUGUAAGGUGAGGCCAGGAAUGGAUUUAUCCAAAGUUGUUCUACCAACAUUUAUUUUGGAACCAAGAUCAUUUUUGGAUAAACUUUCAGAUUACUACUAUCAUUCUGAUAUUAUUUCCAGGGCAGUCUUAGAAGACGAUCCCUUUACAAGAAUGAAAACAGUAGUACAAUGGUAUUUGUCGGGUUUUUAUAAAAAGCCCAAAGGUUUAAAGAAACCUUAUAAUCCUAUUUUAGGAGAAACGUUUAGAUGUUACUGGAAACAUCCUAACACGGGAAGCAGGACAUUUUAUAUAGCUGAACAGGUAAAAUUAAUAUUUCUCCAUUAUUUCUUUAAUAAUGCAUUACAGUUGACAGGAUUUUUACUGUUGAAAUAUCCUUUGAACUGUGAAAAUAUUUAGCCAUUGAGUUUCAUAUGCAUUCUUUCCUCUGAUGAAAAUAAGUUUAUACUAAUUAUUGAUGUUGAAUUUCUCCAGUUACAAGUAUUUUUAAAAUUUCAUUAAACUCUUCAAUAUUAUC